CAAAACGAAAAAAAUGGCGGCUUGUUGAAUGUGGAGCGUCUUUUUUCAAGACCAUAACAUUUUACGAAAAAAGAUUUGCAAAAAUCUCUCUGAGAAGCUUAUAACAAUUAUAUAUGAUGGCACCCAAAAGAAAAAAGCCCCCUGGCUCUGGAGAUAACCCAGCUGACGAACGAGAGGAGUCACCUGGUCCAUCCAUGUUGCCAAACAAAAGACGCAAGAAGUCUAUGCAAUAUGACCCUGUGGAUAUUUGUCAGGAGUUGUAUGACACUAUCAGAAACUAUAAAACAGAAGAUGGAAGAUUGAUAUGUGAAACUUUCAUCAGAGCUCCAAAGAGAAGGACAGCAGCCGAUUACUAUGACGUGGUCAGCACACCUAUAGAUUUACUGAAAAUCCAACAGAAGCUGAAAACAGAAGAGUAUGAAGACGUCGACCAGUUGUCUACAGACAUUGAGCUCAUGAUCAACAAUGCCAAGUCAUAUUACAAGAAAGAAUCUCAAGAAUACAAAGAUGCCUGCGACAUGUGGGAGCUAUUUAAUGACACUCGGAGUGAGGUGAUAUCCGAGGCAUUUGGAGAACUUGUUCCUGGGGAUCGGAGGGGAGGCCGUGCCAUAGGUACAGACAGUGAUGAUCUUGACGAUGACAAGGAAAGCUCAAACGACAGCAGCUUGUUGCCGGUGGAACCUGACAAUCCAGAGGACCUUGAAUGCCUCUUUUCAUCUGUAAUGAUGACCCGUGACGGGGAAAGGGAGAUAAGUCCAGCCUUCCAGUUACUGCCUUCCAAAUCUAAAUACCCCGAGUAUUACCAGAUAAUAAAACAGCCUAUUGACAUGAAGAUAAUUGGUCAGCGCUUACAAGCAGGAGCUUACACAACUAUGGACGACCUGGAAAAAGAUUUUCUAUUGAUGGUCAAAAACGCCAAAACCUUCAACGAGCCUAAAUCCCUUAUCUACAAGGACGCCCAGACACUGAAGAAGGCAGUUCAGAUCAGAAAGGGGGAACUGCAGACUAAAAGUGUUCCCAAACCUGGGGAGAGAGCCAGCCGGUCCCGAGAUAAAUGUAGCUGGUCAUCCUACUGCGCUAACCUGCCGUACCCUGUGGAAGAGACGUUUGAACCACCUGUAUCCCAGGACUCCAACAUGAGCAUGGACUUUGAUGACGAUUCUGGUACAGAAACUGUUGUCUCUGAGCUGGAGGAGGGUGACCCCUACUGGGCUAUGCUAAAUUAUAUCAAGGGAUUCAAAGGCCCUACUGGGACUCCUCUGUGUGAACCCUUCCUCAAACUCCCUAGUAAAAGGUUUUACCCGGACUAUUAUGAGGAAAUUAAAAAGCCCAUGUCGCUGUCAAAUGUCCGCAAGAAGCUGAAGUACAAACAGUACAGGAGUCUAGAUAAGCUGACCACAGAUAUAAAUCUUGUCUUUGAGAAUGCCAAGCAGUACAAUGCUGAUGAGUCCAAAAUAUACCAAGAUGCAGUGACCUUACAGCAGGCGAUGUGGGACCGGAAGCAUGAACUUGAGCGUGGUGAAACUAAGGACGUUUUCAUGGAGGAACUUUCUUCUCAAUCCGAUUUCCCCUCCAGUGUGAAAUCUGGACAUAGCCAUGACUCGAUGGAUGAUGACAGUCAUAACAAGUCGAGACACCGUCGAAGUGGAUCUGGAGCUCCAGACAGUGACAAAAAGCGUGCUAAGCGGGCCACACCGGAGGACAUGAUGAGACGCCGACUCUGGACCAUCUAUAAGACAGUCUACGACUAUACAGACGCUGACAACCGACCACUAAGGAUGAUCUUCAUGGAGUUGCCAUCCAAACGGGAUUACCCCGAUUACUAUCAGGUCAUUCUCAAUCCUAUAGACAUGGUCACCAUUGAGGCAAAAACCAAGGGAGAGAAGUACUACAGUGAGAAUGAGCUGAUUGUUGACUUUGAGUUAAUGUUUAACAAUGCCCGACACUACAACGAGGAGGAGUCGCAGGUGUACAAGGACGCAAACACGCUGGAGAAGCUCGUCAAAAACAAGUGGAGGAACAUGCUGCAGACAAUGGAGGCUCGCAAGGCCCUCAGCAGGAAUGUGAAGACAAAUGUGUGUGAAAAGUCCACAAGGAUGAAGGAUAAGAAGGUGACCCCACUGCCCACUAAACUCCAGGACAUCUACAACACUAUACACAACUACACAGAUGUUCGAGGGCGUGCUCUGGCUACACCUUUCCUCAAACUUCCCCUCAAAACUGAGUAUCCAGACUACUAUGAGGUGAUCAAAAAGCCUGUUGACAUGCAGAGGAUCCAGCAGAAGUCGACUGCCAACCAGUACGAGUCGGUGGAAGACAUGGUGGCCGACUUCGUCCAGAUGUUUGACAACGCCUGCAAAUAUAAUGAACCAGACUCCCUUAUCUACAAGGAUGCCCUGACCCUGCAGAGGGUGUGUCUGGAGAAGAAGUUGGAGAUGAGUAAUGAUGGAGUCAAUGAUAUUCCUGAUGUUCGGGCUGGUGUCCUGGAAAUGAUGACCAGUUUGUUUAUAUCUACUUACAAUUAUCAGGAUGAAGAAGGCCGUUGUUACAGUGAUUCUUUUGCUGAACUUCCUGAAAGGGAUCCCGAUGAAGAUCUGGAAACAUCCAAACAAAAAGAAAAACCCCUGUCAUUUGACCAGAUUAAGAGAAAUCUAGACAAGGGUAGAUAUAGACGAUUUGACAAGUUCCAGGAAGACAUGUUUGAGGUGUUUGAGAGAGCUCGACGACUAAGCAGGACUGACUCUCAGCUGUAUGAAGAUGCGAUAGAGAUGCACUUGUUCUUUAUCAAAACAAGGGAUGAGACAUGUCGUAACGGUGAGAUACUGCUCACACCUGCUCUCAGCUACACAGAGCGCCACCUACAGGCCGCUUUGGAUGUAGAGAAGAUAGAGAAGUUACCAAUGGAGCAACAAAGUAUGGAGGAAAAGCGUGCUCGGCAGGAGGCAGAGGAGUACAAUACACCCAGUGAAGGUGGUUUGGACAGCUUCAGGUACAAGGAGGAGAUCUUUCAUGUAGGAGACUUUGUCUACAUAGAGCCACGGGAGAAGGGCCAGGAGCCACACAUCAUGUGUAUAGAGAAGUUGUUUGUGGACCAGACAGACACACAGAUGUUACAUGGCAACUGGUUCUACAGGCCAAAUGAGACCUUCCACCUCGCCACUCGCAAGUUCCUGGAAAAGGAAGUGUUGAAGAGCGACUCGUACACCAGUAUUCCUCUGACACAAGUCAUCGGCAAGUGCUACAUCAUGUUUGUCAAGGAUUACUUCAAGUACAGACCUGAGGGAAUACCUGACCAUGAUGUGUACGUGUGUGAGAACAGAUAUGUUGCUAAACAUAAAUGCUUCAAGAAAAUAAAGAUCUGGCAGUCGAUCAAGAAUGAACACAUGAAUGUGGUCACACGUGAUAUCCCCUUGGUACCGGUACGCGUGGCGUCAGUGUUUGCAGACAAGGAGAAGGAUAUCGUUGAUGAUUGUGACACUAGCAUACUAGACAAAAAGAGGCUGGAUGUACAGAUAGAGAUACCGAACGGAGAGGAAGGAUGCGUGUACUAUGAUCAACUCAACACCGCAGCUGGCAUCCUCAAACUAGGGGAUGGGGUGUAUAUAAAGUCAGACAGAGAAAAACAACUGCUCUGCAGGAUUGAUAAGAUAUGGGUCAACAGAAAUGGUGAAACUUACCUGAAUGGUCCCUGGUAUAUCUAUCCAUCGGACAUUGAGCACUCACCGACCCGACUGUUUUACAAGAACGAGGUGUUUGCUUGUGGUAUUGAGGACACCAUCAGUAUAGACAGAGUUGCCGGCAGAUGUUCUAUACUACAUAUCAAAGACUACCUAACCAAUCGUGUCACAGAAACCCCAGAAGAGGAUGUUUACCUGUGUGAAUCAAAAUACUUUGAGCUGGAGAAAAUGGUUAAGAAGUUGGGGAAAGGUCUCAAGAAAUAUGUUUUAUCUCCAAAAGUUACAGAUGAUGAGUUGUACUUCUUUAGGAAGCCCAUUACUCCACAAAAGGUCGCGUCUCCUCUACAAAACAACAACAACAACGUUCAUUAUGUCCUACCUCAUCAUCACCUCCACCCCACCCCUCGACAGCACCACCAUCAUCAGGAGCCCUCGCCCUUGCUGUUGAAGGUUGUGGAUGUGCCCUAUUUGGAUGGGGAAGACUCGCAGGAUGGCGACACCGAGACUGCUGACGACACACUCAACGUGUCCAUGGAGGUCACUCCUGUCCCAGAGAAGCCUCCUAAAAAGACUGAGGAUGACCAUGCUAAAGAAAAAUGUCCCCCGAAAAAGACUGAGGAUGACCCACCAAAAGAAAAAGUUGUCCUGAAAAAGAACAAACUUGCAGGGGAGAAGCCCCGUCGCCACCCAAGUGGUUACAUAUUGUUUUCCAAAGAAAUGCGCAAAGUGAUCACGCAAGAGGCCCCGUCUACAUCUUUCGGAGAAAUAAGUCGUUUAGUCGGAGAGAAGUCUCGCUUCAAAACAAGCUUUCGUUUAGAUCGUGGUUGGAGGAAUUUGACAAAGGAAGAAAAAGAAAAAUAUGAGGAUAAAGCAAAGAGAGUUGCAGAAGAACAACAAGCCAAACAGCAAGAAGCAGAGCGAGCCUUCAAUGAGUCCCUCAACCGUUCCCAGAGUCCCUGGGACGGGGGACGAGCUUCCCCGGGCUCCUCAUCUCGACCCAUGACCCCAGGAGGCUACCAGGGUCAAUACAAUUAUCAGGGUUAUGGUACACCACAAGGUGCUCAGACUCAACAAUAUGCACCCAUACAAGGUUUACACAAUGUCCCUACACCGGGGAUGGUGCCGCGCCCAGGCCAGGGGAUGUCGCCCAUGACUCCGCAGCGCCAGUACAUGCCCUACACCCAGCAGUCACACUCAGGGAUGCGCCCUAUGUCUAUGGGUCAGGGACCCUACCCUGGCAGCCCCCAGGGUCAGCCUCAUACACCCCACCCAGGCAUGGCUAGCCCCCACCCUGCUAUGUCCCCAGGGCCUACCCCUGGGACUGUGGCAGUCUAUCCGGGAAUGCCUCCUAGUCCGCAUGCGGGUAUGCCACCCCAAAGCAUGGGUCAAGGUCCCCAUAUGGCACCUCCACCCCCACCGCCACGUCCCCCAUCUCCAAUGUUCGUGAGUGUACCUCCCAGAACACAGAGACUGCUGCAUUCAGAGGCAUACCUAAGAUACAUAGAGGGACUAAGUGCUGACAAGCCACACAUCAGUGACUGGGAGAAAAACCUGGCUUCCACUUCAGAUAAUACUCUCACAGACGAGAGUCGUCUGCCUGCCCAUUGGCUGGCCCAAGGUGCUGGUUACCAUGGAAAUGUCACAGAUGCAUUAUGGGCAUUACGAGAUCUUAUGAUGAAGGACACAAUGAACAUAUCUCGCACUCUCCCGUUUGAGGCUCUGUGAUUGUAAAGAAGUUAAGUGGAUGCCACUUAAAAUACCUUCUAAUGCCACAUGCCCUGCCGACAAAUUUAAAGCUCUUCCGGGAUGGAGUGGGGCAGCGUGACCAGUGUCGUAAAGUAGGUCGCUGACGACUGCUGGAUAUGAGGAGAUUCGCUGUUGUAUCGCGCCCGUGUUGUGAUGUACCACUAGUGGGCAAAAUUUGCUAUUUUGUGGGUUCAUACUGUUGAAUUUUGUAGUGUCUAUAUGUUUGAAAUUGCCCUUGAUGUGUUCAACAUUGCAUUAGUUUCAUUGGAGUUAUCCAAGAUGUAGAGCAUCGUCAGCAUUUAGGGACAUCAUUACUUUGAGACAACAAAGGACAACAACGUGUGGGCAUCAAAACCAGUUAGGACGGAUAUCAGCCUGAGUGACAGAAAUGGUGUUUAUGGUCAUCAAACAGUGCUGCAGAAUUUAAAUAUACUGACAGGAACAGGUUUCUCUGUUUCUCUAUAUAUUUCUCAGCCUGCCAUACUUUUGAAUCUCAACAGUGACUCUUAAUAUCAAAAUGAAAGAGACUUCACAUACAAAAUCAAUUCAAUAAAAUCAAAAUAAAGCAAGCUAUUACAAUAGUUCCAAAAUGAAGAAGGAAUUUUAAGAUGCGAGAGAAAGAUUUUUACAUUAGUUAAUCUCUUUCUUGGACAAAUGCUGAUUAAAAUUCGGUUUUUUGUUUGUUUGUGAAAGUUGUUAUGAUCCACCAUCAAACCAUGGCCCUCAUUAUCUCAAAACCAUGUGUCGUAUUUACACAAAAAAAAAUGGGAUGUUUUGGAACCAAAGUUUGGUACUUUGUUGUGAGUCUCAGGGACGUAGUGGCAUUUUGUUCAAAUCUGAAUGUGUGAAGAAUGGUGAAUAUUUGAUUGACAUAAGGGCUGUUCUAGAAAUAAAUAAAAUGGGAUUGGAUG